GAAAAUACUCCAAAAUCAAAAUCUAGUCUUUUCUUGUUAAAAUAGAAUAGGUGAAAGUACUUAGAGCGCCAUCUAGUUUUAAUACGGCAAAACAGUAAGAACCCUAGAACUCGAACAAAGAUCCGUCAUGGGCGUCCAUCAACCGCGGGUUGCUGCUUUGCGCGGAAUGUUGCAGCGUUCAUCGGAGCAUGGGCCGACACAUCUCUCAUAUAAAAUCUUUACGACAGGGUACUUGGCCUCCUUCGCUCUUAGCUAUGGUCCAAGCCCUAACGGCCCAAAACGCGAACAGUAUCUGGGAACAUUCACUGCUUGAUACUUCAGCUCCUAAACACUUGAGGAAGAAGCCACAGCCUAAAGACCCUUUGCACCCAACAAAGUCUGAAUUCAUCUUAGCUAAGCAUCUUCGCCUAGCCUAUGUGUUGCGGGCACGUCGUGAUGAACCACCCAGUGAAUUAGGCAGACAGUUACACAGUGCAGUGAGAAGUUCCUCUCUUGACACUGCCUUGAGGUUGCUGGCACAGGGGGCUGAUCCUAAUUACUAUAACCAGGAGAAAGGAACAGCAUGUCUCCACGUAGCGUGCCGCGCGGGACAGCCGGCGCAGGCCGAGUUGCUGGUCGCGUGGGGCGCCGACCCUACCGUCAGGGAUCACUCAGGACUAGUACCUGCUGAUUGUGCCAGGCAAGGCGGUCACGCCGAGCUGGCUGACCGAAUGACAGAGCUGGUAUAUGAAGCCACCGACCGGAUGAUAUAUUUCUUAACGGGCGAGAAGCCUGAACACGCAGCAGGACGACACUACAUCGUGCCGAGGGCGCACGACACGCACGAGAUGACCGAUGUCGCGAAGGCCGCUAGGGGGAAGCUGCAGCUGCUUCCUAAUCACCUAUUUGAAGAACUCGUAAUGGACAUCUAUGACGAGAUCGAUCGCCGAGAAACUGAAGCAAUCUGGCAAACCAGCGCGACAGGCCUCGAGCGCUGCGGCGUGGUGUUCCUCCCUGUCAACCCGGCACUGUCAGCUCCUCGGAACCAGGGCAGGCAGAAGCUGGCAAGACUGUCCACCGCUGAGAUGGCCACGCUGCUGCGGGACGUGCUCGUCGACGCGACCAGACGGCAGCACAUUGCCACUCUUCAGCCUAGAGCUCCAACUGGUCCUCUGAUAAACCCUCUCCUGUGUGCAAGCCACCUGAAGCACAUAUCGCAGAUGUCAGACGACGAGCCUCUGUACGACUCCGUGGCGUCAGACGACGAUUAUGCGGCUCUAGCACCCAUCGACUUGGACAUGAAUAUUGUUCCUCGGUCAGGCGAGACAGUGUCAUCCAUGUACAAUGCUUCCCUACCAACGCAAAGCACUGAUUUCGACGUACGCCGAUCGCCAAGUCACGCCCAAACCGACGCUCACCCGCAAGAAAUAGAGUCCUUAAAAAAAGAACUCAACAGCAGAGACUCCACAAUAACCGAACUCAAGAAUCAAUUAAAAAACUUACAAUCCAUAGUCGAACAAUUAACUAAAGAGAACAGCGUUUUGAAAACCAGCUCGAUUGACGACGAGAGUGUGACGUCACUAGUCGAAUCUACCAAUGGCAACGCGGAAUCGAAACCCCAGGAGAGGGGGAAAAGUCUUGAUACAGAAUUGACGAAGUCCGAAGACGAUGCGAAGCAGUUGAAAUGUACGCAAAGACCGGUCAGUAUGUAUGAGACUAGAGAGGGACCAAAGAAUAACUGGCAGGUUACUAAACAUCAGCUGACGACCCUCAGCAGCCUCGACCGCUCGCUGACGCAGAGCGUCCUGGAGGGCGCGGGCGAGCUGGACGCGCCGCCGACGGCGGAGCUGGUGCAGCGCCGCGCGGAGGGGGUCACGCGAGGCAUCUCCGAGCUGUGGGCCGCGGCACGCGACCAGCAUCCGAGGCUGGCUGAACGGGCAGACGUUAUCAGGCACGCUGUCAACUCGCUUCUGCUCAUUUUCCCUCAGACCAGCACCAAUCGCGAGUUAAAUCUAAUACUCACUGACCUUCGCGUGGCUUGCGAAGAAGUUACACUUGCCUGUAACGCACCGUCGCCACUACACGAAGUGAGGGCCGCGGCUUACGACCUUGCUAAGGCCACGAAGACUCUGGUAACGCAUUUCCAACCUCCAUCCUAGCGAACACCCUAUUACUACACUACGGUGUAGUCACACUACGCUGUAGUCACGCUACAGUGUAGUCACACUAAAGUUUACUUACACUAUAGUGUCGUCACACUACGGUGAAGUCACACUGCGUUGUAGGUGUACUAAAGUGUUCUUACACU